UUUACUUUCGAACAAAAUGACAAGUAGGAUAAAAUGUUGAAUGAAAAUGGACAUAAUAGCGUAUAAUAUUCAUUCAAUAAAUUCGUUUGUCGUACCUGUAUAAUAAUUAUAUACUAACGUUUUGAAAGGAUAAAUUCAAAUUUCAUUUUUAAUUUAUGCAAACAUUAUAUAGGCAUUUUAAUAGAUACCAAACCAUUUGAAGAAAAACGGGGUAUACAUUAUGUCUGACCAUAAAUCAACGUGUCAAACGUUUAUAUAUUGAUUUUAUAGAUAGACUAAAAUUCAGGAAGUAUUGAAACUUUUAAUAUUUUUAAUCUUUGCAUGAAAAUGAGCGGACUUUAUGAAAAACUAUUAAAUUGUCCAUUCUGUAAAGAGGGAUUUAAAGGUGAUCCUAAGCUGCUGCCGUGUCUGCACAGUGUUUGUGAAAGUCCAUGUCUGAAGAAAAUAUUAGGAUCACAGCCAUCCAGGUGUCCAAGAUGCAGCCAGGAACUUAAACUUUCUUCCGAUACAGAGGACAUUCCAACUGACAUGGUUUUAAAUUCACUUGUAUCACAUUAUUGCGAAUAUAAAACAUUACCCCUAAAUCCGGCAGAAUUCAGUAGCGACGAAUACAUUGAUUUAAAAGAACGAGGUGCAACAAGCGGAAGCCCUACAAAUAAUAAUGUUGUAGAUGUAGAUACUGUUCAAGUACGAAGGUUAAUUGUUGAGUCCAUUUCCCUUAUUCAUGACAGCAUAAAACGACUAGAAGAAAUUCUGAAAAAAACUGACAUGAUUCGUCAAUACAACCAAUCUGUCGCUGAAAACGGAGAUUUAAAAAGACUUUAUCAAACAUUCGAGCAGAAGCAUAUUGAUAUCAAGGAAUAUCUAGAAUCAGUAGCAAACUAUUUGGCAAGCUUCACUGACAAUAAUAUUCAUUUGCGGCAAUGUGAGGAGCAUCUAUCCACUCUUCUAGAAAUUGAAUUCAGUGAACUUAUCUUUGAUGUUAAACGGGAAUUUGAAAAACAUAGUCCAAAAAAGAAACGAUCGCAUGUCAGCUUGCCAUUAGAUUGCAAUACUUUAUCUCCGUCUCAACAACGGGAAGUCACUGGUCGUACAGCGCCUCGCCAAAUGUAUGUAAAUAGACAAGUGUAUGAUGAGAUUAGCAUAGUGCAACCAUCACGGAUCCAAGAUUCCCGCCGCUCUCAGUCAGCUAAUUCUUCCAAUGACCGCAGAGGAUUCUACUCAAAACUAGCUGUAUGCUCCUUUACAAAUGUCAUGGUCUGUCUCCGUUUGGGAAUCGGUAUUUGGAACAUUGCUCAACAUGGAAGUACUCUGGUAAUAAUUGCAGCCAGUUUCUUGAUAUUAAAAGCAAUUUCCGAGACAUGCUGCAUUUAUUGGCUAGUUAUUUAUCGCUCUGAAGGCGACAGAAAUAGUCGGCAAUAUAUUUGUCUGGUAGCAAUGCUUGUCCUGUUUGGAAUCUUUUGUAUAUUAGAUAUUGGAUUAGCGUACAUUACGGGUGAAAACGUGAACCUACCUCUGCGUGUGUUGAGAGUAAUUACCAUAGUAGACAUUGUUUGGAACUUGGUGAUACUACUGACGAUAAAGUUGCUGGCAAAAAGAUGUUUCAGACACUGAAUAGUAUUUGAUUUUGAUUUUAAAAGGAAUUGUUUCACUUCUAACCUCUAGAAGAUUAUCAUUUAAUUAUCGGUGUUGUUUGCAUUCCAAUUAAUUCUGAACACUGAAUAUCAAUUAAUAAAAUUUAUUUCCAAUUUUCCUCUAGACACACAAACACAUUUUCAAAUCAACGCAGAUGGACAGACGUUACAUAAAAAGAAGUUUUGUACUCUUAAUAAUGUUAUAUGAUGUAUAUUCGGACAUUCAUACAAACAAAUGUGUUUUCUUAAUUCAGUUAAGGUAUGACCCACCUAAUGCAAUACCUCCAAUUUGAAGAGUAUUCAAAUAGGCUAGAGCUACUGUCAACUGCAUUGAAACUGAAAGACGCGGGUUCAAACCCCAGAAGAGGCAACUUUUAUUUUCUUUCACUUUUUUCUUUGAACAUUAUUAUUGUGUCAGUCGGAUCAUUCUUGAAAAGUCAAAAGUGUUAUAUGUUCAUUAUAUAAUAAUAAUCGGUAUUUAUUGGUUAAAUUAUGCCAGAUUUAAAAACAAAUAUGGCACUUGAUAUUUUAAAAUCUAUUUGACAAAAUCAACCAAUAUAUUUUAAAGAAAAUUUAAGCUAACUUUAAAAACAGCCUUUCAUUUUGUUAAAUUUUUGGGAAAUUUUAAUAAAGCCCUCUAAGUAGGACAACAAGUAUUUAAAAUAGGUGGGGUAGGGUAACAUUUUUUACAUAUUUCAAACAUAUUGAUUAGAAACAAUAAUUUUGCUUGUGUCAUUUGUUAGCUGAAUACUUUUUUGUUUCUUAGCAAUGUUUAAUAGGAAAACAUUUUUUUCAUAAUGAUGAAGUAAUAGAUCAUUU